AUGUCUGCACAUACAUCACCUAGCAUCGCUGCCGCUUCCGGCACCACGGAGGAGCCUGAAGCGACACACUCUCCUACUCAGGAACGAAGCGCAUCCGAGGACUGUGUAGGCACGCCUGGGCCGUGCACGGAAUUUGAUAGUCCUCACCAGCAGCCAUUCACAAACGGGAUAAACACGCACACAGAACUGGAUGGGCGCGAGCCGAUGCAGCAUGCAGGCGCGCCGUACGCAAUGAACAUUGCGCCUGGGUAUGCAAAUAUGCUUGCUGCACCCAUGCAAUCGCCACACGCAAUGAUGCCGUCCAUGGUCGCAGGACAGCCCCCGCUUGGGUGGAACGGCACGGUGCCUUACAUGAUGCCAAUGGGCUAUGCACCAUCCUACGGCGCGCCGUACACACACGUCGCGCCAGAGUACAAUGGCGUGACGCCGCGCAUGCAGCAUUCUCCAAUGCCUAUGGCACCUGUGGGCCGCACCGUGUACGUCGGGAAUAUUCCGCCCGAGGCCACCGUUGCAGAGCUGCUCUCCCUCGUCAAGUUUGGGCCGAUUGACAACGUGCGGAUGCUUCCUGAGAAGAACUGUGCAUUUAUCUCCUUCCUCAGCGGUCAAUUUGCCGCUGCGUUCCACGCCGACUCGUCGGUAAAGCGUGUCUCGCUGCACAACCAGGAGCUCAAGAUCGGCUGGGGCAAGCCCAGUGUGCCGCCGCCGGACGUGUUGAUGGCCGUUCAGCAACACCAGGCAUCGCGCAAUGUGUACAUUGGACAGCUCGAUGAACAUAUUACCGAGCAGGAUCUGCGCGAUAGUCUGGGCCGCUUCGGCCCGAUCGACCAAGUCAAGAUCGUACGCGAUCAGGGCAUUGGGUUUGUCCACUUCCUCUCCAUCCAGACCGCGAUGAAGGUCGUGUCUAUCUUGCCGACCGAGCCGAACUGGAGCAAGAAACGGAUCAACUUCGGCAAGGACCGGUGUGCAUAUGUGCCCAAAGGGCAGCAGCAAAUACAAGCGCAUAACAACCAGGCCGCCGCGAUGGGCUUGGCCGCCGCGACAUGGCUUGGCUACCCCACGGGAUGCUUUCAGCCUUAUUACGAGCGCAACAACACCGUGCGUGGCGGCGAGAUGGAUCCCGAAGCCGAACAAGCGCGCGCAAAUUUGACCAGUGUCGAGCCGCAGUACCACCAGCUGGGAAAUCGCACAGUGUACUUGGGCAAUCUGCACCAGGACACGACCGCGGAGGACAUUUGCAACCAUGUCCGCGGCGGCAUUCUACAAAAUGUGCGCUACCUGCCGGACCGGCACAUUGCAUUCGUUACCUUUAUCGAUUCAAACGCCGCGCUCGCUUUUUUCCACUUGGCCUCGGGCACUGGCAUUACAAUCCACAACCGACGCUUAAAAAUUGGGUGGGGCAAGCCUUCGGGGCCGCUAAGCCCAGCACUCGCGCUUGCAGUUCAGAGCGGCGCAUCGAGAAAUGUAUACAUGGGCAACAUUGACGACCCGAAACUGAUGAACGAGGACAAAAUUCGCGCGGAUUUGUCUGAGUUCGGGACAUUGGAAAUGGUGAAUACGCUGCGCGAACGCAACUGUGCAUUUGCCAACUUUACCAAUAUUCAGUCUGCGAUCAAAUGUAUCGAGGCACUCAAGCACUGUGCCGACUACACGACGAUCAAAAUCUCCUACGGCAAAGACCGCUGCGGGAAUCCACCGCGGCAAUUGAGCAAGCUGCCGAUAAGCUGGGCAAAUUCCCGGAAUAAGCAGCCACUAGAGACGGCAAAGACGAGCAAUAGUGCAGAGGCGCUCUCAGAAACCAGCACCCACAAGUAA